AUGACUUCUAAAAAGAAACUCAAUAUUCAGUCUUUUUUCAAACCUCAAAAAGUUGAUAAUAUACAAAAUAACACAGAUUCAGUAGUUUCAGCAUCAGACACUGAUAUCCCUACGUCGUCCACAUCCCAUAUAAAUAGACACGAUAUUUUCAAUUACGUUAAAAGAGUAUUGACUCAAAAUGAAAUACAUGAUAUACUAAAUGCAAUUUGGAUUCCCGAUGUAAAUUAUAAUUUUCCUGUGAAAGUAUUUUUUGUUGGAAAAGAUAAAACUGCUAGGUACUUGAAGUUCCAAUAUAAAUGGUUUGCUAGAUUUCCUUGGUUAGUGUAUUCUGAAAUAGACAAUGGAGCGUAUUGUAAAUUUUGUGUAGCUUUUUCAACAAAUUAUGCUGGGAUUAAUGAUCAAAAAUUAGAAUUAUUAGUUACAAAAAAAUAUGACAACUGGAGACAUGCAUUAGAAUAUUUCAAAAAUCACUCGCAACUAGAAUACCAUAAAAAAUACAAACAAAUUGAUAUUGGAAGGAAAAAAGAAAUAAUACAAAAUCGUAAAAAUAUCAUUCCUGUUAUUGAGGCAAUUAUUUUGUGUGGUCGGCAAAAUAUGGCACUACGAGGGCAUCGUGACUUUGGGAACAUUUUCAAAGCAUGCUCAGAUGACAAACAAAAUAAUGAUGGUAAUUUUAGGGCGAUUCUUCGCUAUAGGGCCCAAGGCGAUAGUGAUAUGAGAUCAUAUCUUGAAAGUUCUGGUACCAUUAAGUACACAAGUUCUACUAGUCAAAAUGAAAUAAUCGAUUCCUGUAAUAAACUGUUAUUGAACAAAAUAGUUUCAAGAGUAAACGAAGCAAAAUGUUUUACUGUUCUUGCUGACGAAACGGCUAAUGUGUCGGGUAUAGAACAGAUAUCUUUGUGUGUCAGAUAUAUUGAAUUAAGCACCCUUGAACUUCAUGAAGAUUUUUUGCAAUUUGUUCCUGCUGUUGACAUGACAGGGAAAGGAUUGGCGAAAUUAAUAAUUGAUAAUCUAUAA